UAGUCGCCCUCUCCAUAUGGAGGUGUACAUUACCGAUGAAAUUGAUUAUGAAACUAAACAUGUAUCAUGUGAUCCAGGUAGGAUUAUAUAUAGUCACAGCGACGCUGACACCAGAAUGACCAGAUACCAUAUCUGAGUAAGACUGACCCAGGUGUGAACCGUCGACUGGUAUCUAUCCAGCCGAGAUGGUCGUAUGUGUAUUAGUUACAAGUUAACUAAAAAAAACUUUACAUGAGUUGUAUAAUCUGUUAAUUUUGUGUUUUUGUCAAGUGGAUAUUGAUGAUUCUGAGCCGGAUUUAGAGCACGGAGUUUAAUCCGAACAGUAAACCAUGGAGGGCUACGGGUUGUCGGAUUCUGGUGGAAUCGUCAACGAAUCGUUCCUCAACGGAUCUGACGAGGAUGCUGAGAACGGAACGGAUUUGGAGUCAACCUUGAAGAAACCCAUGGUGUCUCUAGUGGUCCCAGCGGUCAUGUUUGCCGCUGGCGUGUUCGGGAACGUUUUGGCCUUGGUGGUACUGGGCUGUUCAUCACGAGAGCACAAACGAACAGUGUUUUAUCGUCUUGUUGGAGGGUUGGCGGUGACGGACCUUUUUGGGACAAUGUGUACCUCACCGGUCACAUUGGUCAUCUACGCCAACAAUCUCACGUGGGUUGGAGGACAAAGUCUGUGUAAUUAUUCCUCAUUCAUGCUUAUUUUCGCGGGAUUCACAACACUGUUCAUCGUCUGUUUCAUGGCUUUGGACCGAUACAUCGCCUUGAGACAUCCGUAUUUCUACAGCGCCAAAAUAACCCACCACAAAGUAAAAUACAUUCUAGGUGCCCUCUGGGGAGCAGCAUUUUCGCUGGCUUGCCUUCCCCUGAUUGGCCUCGGAGAAAAUGUCCUCCACUUCCCUGGUACAUGGUGUUUCUUUGAUUUUCGUGGGGAGGAACUGCGCGUGAAAAUGUUUGCAUAUUUGUAUUCUUUCAUCGGAAUCGGGGUGAUCCUCGCCAUCUUCAUCCUCAACAUCAUUGUCAUAGCUACAGUUUGGAAGAUGCGGAGGAUAACAAAAGUCCAAAAUUCUUACUCUAAUAUCAAGUGCCUGGAUACUGAAAUACAAAUGGUUAUAUUCCUAGUUGGCAUUCUCGCCGUAUUCGGAGUCUGCUGGGCUCCGCUUAUGGUGAGGAUUCUGGUCAUCCAGGUGGCUGGACAUGUCGGGACGGAGAAGGAUGACCUCCUCGUCAUUAGACUGGCUUCAUUCAACCAGAUCCUUGACCCUUGGGUAUACCUUCUCUUCCGAAAGGAACUUUUCCUCAGAUUUUAUACAUUCAACAAACAGUUAUGUAAUAACAGUAACUUCUUAAAGCUGCAACAAUGUUCAAUGCGAAGCAGCAGCAAAAAACAGUUUUCACCGGAAGUUACGAUACGGAAGGUAACUCUCAUAGAACACAUGGAUUCCAACUCCCCUAGUCGUGCCUCGCAAUGUUCGGACAAGCGGAAUAGUCCAAAAUUGUGUGUUCUUGACCAAAACAUUGAAAACUCGAAGCUUUAUUCUCAAGGAAUAAAACAGUAUAAUAUGUGUUCGUUAGACGGAGAAAAAACUCGAUUGUGUUCGUUUGAAAACGAUAACGAGCCGGAAGCGGAAGCGAAAUUUGUAAUAGAGAAUGCAUUACACUCAGACAGACUGCAAGAUUAAAAAAUUAAAAAAAAAAAAAAAAAUCGAGAAUUCUUGUGAAGAAAUGUGUAGCCUGAUGCUGUAGCUUUAGGUGUGGUAACGUCCUGUCGUUAUUUACCUGUGGUUGGAAUCAAACAUAAUGCGAAGUCACAGUGUGUGAAUUCACUUAGCUUUGAAGUUUUAAUGAACAACUUUAAUCAAUGUA